GUGAGCUCCUGACAGUUCUGUCCUAACGAUUCUGAUAUUAAUGAAAGAACUUGGUAAAGGGCUGAAGUGUCUUCCUGAAUUGUCAAUUUUUUAAUGAAGCAUGGCUUGUGCUGAACAAGACAAGCUGGGUCAAGCAUUUGAAGAUGCUUUUGAAGUACUGAGGCAGCAUUCAACUGGAGACUUUCAGUACUCCUCAGAUUACAAAAAUUACCUGGCUUUUAUCAACCACCGUUCUCAUAUCAGAGGAAAUUCCAACAGCUAUGGUGUGCAGCCUGCAGAGGAACCCAUCUAUAAUUGGAGAACAGUCAUAAACAGUGCUGCGGACCUCUAUUUUGAAGGAAAUAUUCAUCAAUCUCUGGAGAACGUCCCCGAAAACCAGCUGGUACAACCUGUUAUUCUCCAGCAAAAGGGAGGAAAAGGCAGGAAGAAGCUCCGACUGUUUGAAUACCUUCAUGAAUCCCUAUGUAAUCCAGAGAUGGCAUCUUGUAUUCAGUGGAUAGAUCAAACCAAAGGAAUCUUUCAGUUUGUAUCAAAAAACAAAGAAAAACUUGCCCAACUCUGGGGAAAAAGAAAAGGCAACCGGAAGACCAUGACUUACCAGAAAAUGGCCAGAGCAUUGAGGAAUUAUGGAAGAACUGGGGAAAUCAUCAAAAUCCGGAGAAAGCUAACUUACCAGUUCAGUGAGGCCAUUCUCCAAAGACUGUCUGCACCUUACUUCUUGGAAAAAGAGAUCUUCUAUUCACAGUAUGUUCAACCUGAUCAAGGAUAUCUCAGUUUAAAUAACUGGAAUGCAAAUUAUAAUUAUACAUAUGCCAAUUACCAUGAGCUGAGUCACCCUGAUUGCUAAAUAUACUCUUACAUUUCAUAAUUUUCUGACAUCAGAAGUCCCUACAAGUUUUAGGAUUUUUCUCUAAAAGCAAAUACUGAAAAAAAAAAAAACCACUUCAUGAUUGCUAUCUUUUAUGACAUAGCAUAUAAUCUAUACUAACUUGGGGAGAAAUUUUGCCAGCUCUUUAGAAUGAUUAUCCCAUUUGAAAGUAUAGACUAAAUGUCCUUCCUCUUAUUAAUAACUAUGCAAUUAUUUCUUUCUAGAUUAAUAAUACCAGUGGAGACCAUUUGAUUUGCAUAUUGGUUAAACCUUAUUUUCUUGUCAUACACUCAGACCAAAAAAAAAAAAAAAAAGAAUCACUUUAGCAUAUGUCCAAUACCUUUAGUAACAGAACAAAAACUGAUUGCCUGUGAUGGUGUUCCUGCUAAAUUAUAUUCAGGGCUUUAAAAAUUUCAGUGGCUAAAACUAGAACUAGUAUAUGAUCCAGCAAUUCCACUCCUGGAUAUAUAUCCAAAGAAAAUGAAAACACUA